AACACUUGAGCCCGGACUAUAAAACCCGCCGCGUAAUUGGCCAACAGCAUCAGUAACUGACAACAAAUCCAAUCAACAACAUGAAAUUCAUCAUCUGCUUCGCUCUCUGCAUUGCCGCCGCCCAGGCUGGCUAUCUGGCUGCUGCUCCAGUGACCACCUAUGCUGCUGCUCCUGCUUAUACCACCUAUGCUGCAGCUGCUCCAGUGACCACUUAUUCUGCUGCUGCCCCCGCUUAUACCACCUAUGCCGCUGCUGCUCCCGCCUACACUUCCGGCUACACGGCUUCCGUCUAUGGCGCUCCUGCCUACACUGCCCAAUACACCGCUCCCGUGGCCACCUAUGCCGCACCUGCUUACACUGCUCCAGUUACCACUUACGCUGCUGCACCAGCUGUGGUCAACCCCUAUGCCGCUCCAGCUUUCGUCAGCUCCUUCCUGAAGAAGAAGUAAACAAAGCAACCAACACUCAAAUCUUUCUGCACAUUUUUCCAACACUUGAUGAUCACACAAUAAAAUCUCAAUAGACACGCAA